AUGAAAAAUAAACAAUUAUUAAAAAUAAAAGAAAAUAAAAAAUCAAAUAAAUUCUGGUUAGAAGAGUCUGAACUCGAUGAUGAUUUAGAAAUUGAAAGUGAUAGUUUUUUUUUUCCAAAAACAAGAUCAUUGAAAAGAAAAAAGGAAAAGAGUAAUGAAAACGAUAAUCUUCCAAAAUUCAGUCCAGAUAAGCCAUAUUAUGAAAUUUUUGUUGAUGAAGUAGUCACUAAAACCAUUUAUAAAUGGAAAGUUCUUACUGUACCAUGGCGUUCAACUUCUAAAAAUCAUAAAAUGAUGUUUUUAAUUUUGGUUUAUCUAACAAAUUUAAAGAUAAAAAAGGUUCCGCUUAGAGAUGAAGAUUAUUUCGUUGAUGAAACUGAAAGCGAAGAAGAAUAUGAAAAUAUUCCAUGUAAUUGCGAUGAAUGUAGUGAUAGUAAAAGUAAAGGUGAUAGUGGUAGUGGUGGUGAAAAUAAAGAAAAUGAUUCAGAAUAA